CUGAAGAAGAAGAUGAGCACGGCCGUUGAAUAAAGCUCGUGUUGUUGUCCCGAAUUCCGAAUUGAGGUGAGCGGUGUACGUUGAAGAGUUGUCUCUCCAUUUUAUUUUGUUAAGCAGAUCUUGAUAAGAAUCCUUCUGGACCCAGUCAUACUGCAAUAGUGCCAUCAUGUCCAGCACAAGUCAAAAACAUCGUAAUUUUGUGGCAGAGCCAAUGGGUGAGAAGAAUGUCACUGAACUAGCAGGCAUUGGGCCAGUCUUAGGAGAAAGGCUUGAAAGCAAGGGCUUUGAUAAGGCUUAUGUUGUUUUGGGCCAAUUCUUAGUCUUGAAGAAGAACAAGGAGUUAUUUAUCGAUUGGCUGAAAGACACUGCUGGUGCAAAUUCAAAACAGUCUGGUGAUUGUCACCAGUGUUUAUCCGACUGGUGUGAAGAGUUUUUGUAAGAAGUAUUUAAAAUUCAAAGUUUCUAUAUCUACAGCUUACAAAGUUUAGACUAGUAUACUUUUAUACUCAUCAGGCCAUGAUAGUCCUAUUUCCACUUAAAAGCCAUUUUUGUCAACAUAAUUUUAUAACUUUUUAAUUUGCGAUAUGUUUAGAUAUUAAUGAGGACCUGUGUUCCAAUUAGUGAAUGAUGUUUAGGCAAUAGAAUCUUUUAAUAGUUCUUUUAGAAUUUCCACAAAUUGUUUUAGUUAAUUUGUGUAGUUAUCUUCUUAGUGUCCUAUAAAUUGUCACGUCCAUUUGUAUUUAUAUCUGAAGUGAAUUCAGCCAUGACUUGCUAUGUUAAUGUCUUGAAAAUAUAUCUUUGCUGCUUGUAAUAAAAUCUUACAUAAGA